AGACUUCCUCUUGCACAAAAUCAAUUAACUUUAGAUUUUUCGUUACUGGUUGGCACAAAAUCAUUAAACGUAAAUUUUGUAUGAAGUAUGGGCUGCGCAAUAUCGGGUCUGGAAGCUAAAGGAGAGUUUGGAGAGAGGACCACAGAGGAUGCUGCUGCGACUCCCAGCGAGCCUCAGAUUCAGAUGAUCAAAGAGUCCUGGAAAGUUAUCCGGGACGAUAUAGCCAAAGUUGGGAUUAUCAUGUUCGUCAGGUUGUUUGAGACUCAUCCCGAAUGCAAGGACGUCUUCUUCCUGUUCCGAGACGUGGAGGACCUGGAGAGGCUGCGGACCAGCCGGGAGCUGAGGGCGCACGGCCUGAGGGUGAUGUCUUUUAUCGAGAAAAGUGUGGCGAGACUGGACCAGCUGGAGAGACUGGAAGCUCUGGCUCUGGAGCUGGGGAAAAGCCAUUAUCACUACAACGCCCCUCCCAAGUACUACAGUUACGUCGGAGCUGAAUUCAUCUGCGCCGUGCGGCCCAUCCUGAAGGAGAAGUGGACGUCUGAGCUGGAGGAGGCCUGGAAGACCCUGUUCCAGUUUGUGACGGGCCUCAUGAAGCGGGGGUACGAGGAGGAGAGUGACCGGCAGCGUGAGCUUGCAGCCUCCCCGAAGGAGAGACCGGACAAGAGGAACACAGCGAUAUGAGACUGGGACUCUUUAAACCAGCAGUGUUCAUGUAUAUAAUGUAUUUACUGUGUCUUUUCUACAGCGCUUAAUGUUAACCGUGAU